CGCCGUCUGUCUCUCCCGCCCCCGUUCUCCCUUCCUCCCCGCCCCGCUCUUUUCCUGCCUCAGUUUCCCUCUUCUGUUUCUCCCUCUCCCUCUGUCUCUCGGUCACUGCGGGGGUUCGGGGAAACAACCUGGGUCUGAACUGCCCCCCCACCCCCGUGCAGGACCGUGCCCUGGGACCAGCGUCCAUCCCUCAUGGGGACUCUGAUGGACUCUGCCCCAUUCGCGGUGCCGGGUGCCAGGCGCUGGAGCCAGAUGCUGAGUCGGGAGGCCAUUCCAGGUGGUGGGAGGCCCGGUCAAAGGACCGAUCCCUGCCCCUGGCUGAUCCAGGAAGCUGGGGCAGCCAGGACCAGGCCCACCUAGACAGACCUACCUGGGAUGCACCCAGUGCCCUGAAGCGUUGGCCUCAGUUUUGCCAGCUGUGAACUGGGUCUGUCUCCUCCAAGGUAAUUGGCAGGUGAUCUGACCCAGAUCUGCAUGCAUCAGCUCCUCCUCUGUCCUGGAGGGCCAGCCUGAAGGAGGGGCGGUCCCAGCUGUAAACCAGACUCCAAGGUUACUUCCUGAUGUUGUCUGAGCCCAGCUGUGGGAAGCGAAUUCCCUUGGGAGGGUCUCAGCGGUGAGAACCUUUCAGCCCGUGGUUGGGACAUCAGAUCUUGGAAUCGACAAACCUGGGUUCCUAUCCUGCCACUCCCUCUGGCACUUGAACCAGUGAGUCUCUGUUUGCUGGCCAAUGGACACCUUCAGCACCAAGAAUCUGGCCCUGCAGGCCCAGAAGAAGCUGCUGAGCAAGAUGGCGUCGAAGGCCAUGGUGGCCGUGUUCAUCGACGACACGAGCAGCGAGGUCCUGGAUGAGCUGUACCGCGCCACCAAGGAGUUCACCCGGAGCCGCAAAGAGGCCCAGAAGGUGGUCAAGAACCUGGUCAAGGUGGCCAUGAAGCUGGGCGUGCUGCUGCGCGGGGGCCAGCUGGGCGGCGAGGAGCUGGCGCUGCUGCAGCGCUUCCGCCAGCAGGCCCGCCGCCUGGCCAUGACGGCCGUCAGCUUCCACCAGGUGGAGUUCACCUUCGACCGGCGCGUGCUGGCUGCCGGCCUGCAUGAGUGCCGGGACCUGCUCCACCAGGCCGUGGGCCCACACCUGACCACCAAGUCCCACGGCCGCAUCAACCACGUCUUCGGCCACUUCGCAGACUGUGACUUCCUGGCGGCGCUCUACGGGCCCGCCGAGCCCUACCGCUCCCACCUGCGCAGGAUCUGCGAGGGCCUCACCAAGAUGCUGGACGAGGGCAGCCUUUGACCUCUGUCCAUGGUCUUCCUGCCAGGGGUCGGGACCUGUGGGUUUUUCCACCUCUUUUCUCUCAGUCCCAUUGAGGCUGAAAUCUCCCCCAGAAAGGUAACCUCUCCCCUUUCGGAGGAUGCUAAACCUUUUGAAGCGGUUUUAAGGAUCCGUGUCACCUCUCCACGCUCAGCAGGGAGACGAGCACAGCCAGCAGCUUCCACACACCUCAAAGUCACUGCCAGCGCCCACCUACCGCCUGUGCUUCCUCAACUGCCGUAACCCUUGGGAGGCCCGUCUGCACCCUCAAAGCACCUGCUGUCAUCCCAUGACUGGCACUUCCCACUUAGUAUUAUGUUGCCUGGGCUUUUUCAUUCCUACAGACAGCAUCAUGUGAACUAGAAGGGUGUUAUGGGGUGAACUAUGUUCCCCCAAAUGUCUUUGAAGUCCUCACUAGCAACCCCCCAGGACCUGUGAAUGUGACUGUGGGAAUAGGGUGUCACGGCAGAUGGACAGUUGAAUAAGGCAGGGGCAGGGGCACGGACCUCUUUGCAGUCCAAAUCCAUGUUUAACUUUUUGACUCCCCCAAGACUUUACAGAUAUCCCUUGGUAUCCAUCAGGGAUUGGUUUUAGGAUCCCAACUAAAGGCCAAGGUUGGUGAAUUUGUGAAUGCAGAAUCCAAGGAUUAAAAAAAAAUCUGUGGAGAAGCAGAUCUGUACAGUUCAAACCCAUGUUGUUCAAGGGUUGAUUGUAAUUAGUCAAGCACCAAUUAACCAUAUUCUGAUUGUGGGACCACAUACACCAUGGGGGUUCCAAUAGGCUGUACCAUGUAGACUGGGUGUGGAGGGGCUUGUGUCAUUACACUCUGUGAUGUACGCACAACAAUGAUCACCUAAUGACGCAUCUCUCAGAACAUACCUGUUGUUAAACCAGCCAUGAAUGUAUUUGUAAUUGUCAAAAGGGGACAUUGGUUUUAAAAGGUUGCAAAACACUGCUGUGGGUCUGGCCACUGUCAGGGUUGGGAAGGUUAUUCUGGAUGCCCUAGAGGAGGAGAAAAUGAUGUCCCGUGACUGGUUUUUGUUUUUGGGAAAAAAAGAAUGUUUGCAGAACCAGGCCUGUUUAGGGCAAAGGUUGCACACAGGAGGCCCGUUGGCCAUAUUAGGGAAGAUGGGAUUGCUUGGCCCCAUCUAGUGUUUGAGACAUUUGGAAUUAUUUGCCAACAUUAAAAAAUGAAGAACUUGCACACCAUUCGCUCCUUGGAGUGUCUCUCAAAACACACCUGAGCCUUGAUGCCUGCUGUGAAGCUGCAUAGCAGUUGCCCCCCUGCUUUGCUACAGUCCCCACCAUGCCCUUUUGCAUAUCCCUGUACGGCUAUAUUGGCUGAUGGGAGAUUACAUCCUCAAGUGCAGGGCCGGUCUCCUGUGGCGUGACUUCUGGUUCCCUGAAAAAGCCAAAGGCUUUCACCCGAAAGCCAGCUGCUACCUCUGCCCAUCUUUCUACAGGCAAACAUCCCCUUAUCUUUAGUCAAGAGACAGAGCUUCAAAUUCAGGAGCAAAUGUGCGUUUUGAUUACAGCAACAAGCCCCAGAUGAAAUCCUUUGCCCUUGCCUCUGCUGACUGAAUAGGUCAAUGUGCAGAGCAGUUUGUGCUUGUUCCCUGCUGGGCUGUCCAGCCUGUCUUGAUCUUUUCAUAAAUUUGAAAUUUAAUUUAAAACAACCAAAGAGCACUACAGAACUAUUUAAAUAAAAGUGCACAUCUUCCAUUUGCAUUAUAUGGAAACGGCCAUCGAAUUGCCUGGCGCUGUCUGACAGUUUUCUCU